AUGGCAAAGAAGCCUAGCGUCAAGCUGCCCGGGAGUAGAUCUGAAAGACAGAAUGAUGUGAGUUUGAAGAAGAGAGCCAGAAAUGAGGAGGAGGAGGAGGAGGAGGAGGAGGAAAAAGAGCUUGAGGAGGAUGAGGAGGAAGAAAGUAAUGAGAAAAUUGUUGAUGAUCUUGAUGCCAAUUUUGACGAAAUUGCCCAACUUCUUGGAAACGAUGUAAAAGAUUUCAAACAGAAGAAACAAGACAAAAAACAGGCAAGAGAUGAAGCCAGAUUACAGGAGCUCACUAAACCAAAAGUUUCAACCUUUGUAGGUAAUAGCGAUAAUAAUAAAAAUGAUGAGAACGAUGAUAACGAUGAUGGUGAGUCUGGGGACAAUUACUCCUUUGAGAAAGCGGAAUUCUCCGAGCCAACAAUGAAAGCCAUUAGAGAAAUGGGGUUCACCAAAAUGACCAAAGUACAAGCCAAGACCAUACCUCCCUUGUUGGCAGGGCGAGACGUGUUGGGUGCUGCGAAAACCGGUUCAGGUAAGACAUUGGCGUUUUUGAUUCCUGCCAUAGAACUUCUAUAUUCCUUGAAGAUCAAACCAAGAAACGGUACUGCAGUUAUUAUUAUUACGCCAACUAGAGAAUUAGCCUUGCAAAUAUUUGGAGUUGCGAGACAAUUGAUGGAGCACCAUUCACAAACAUGCGGUAUAGUUAUUGGUGGAGCAGAUAGAAGACAAGAAGCAACUAAAUUGACCAAGGGUGUAAAUUUGCUUGUGGCAACUCCGGGAAGAUUAUUGGAUCAUUUGAAAAACACUCAAGGAUUUGUAUUUAGCAACUUGAAAGCUUUGAUUAUAGAUGAAGCAGACAGGAUAUUGGAAAUUGGUUUUGAAGAAGAGAUGAAACAGAUUAUCAAGGUCUUGCCCAAUGAAAAUAGACAGACGAUGUUAUUUUCCGCUACACAAACCACCAAAGUUGAAGAUCUUGCGCGUAUAUCAUUGAGACCAGGUCCAUUGUACAUAAACGUUGUUCCAGAAAAGGACGUUUCGACAGCAGACGGAUUAGAACAAGGAUAUGUGGUAUGUGACUCCGAUAAGAGAUUCUUGCUACUUUUCUCCUUCUUGAAGAGAAAUGUGAAAAAGAAAAUCAUUGUUUUCGUGUCAUCAUGUAACAGUGUCAAGUUCUACAGUGAAUUGCUCAACUAUAUUGACUUACCAGUAUUGGAUUUGCACGGCAAGCAAAAGCAACAAAAGCGUACAAAUACCUUUUUCGAAUUUUGUAAUGCCAAGCAGGGUAUACUAGUGUGUACUGAUGUUGCAGCAAGAGGAUUAGAUAUCCCUGCAGUUGACUGGAUAAUACAGUUUGAUCCUCCAGACGAUCCAAGAGAUUAUAUUCAUAGAGUUGGUAGAACGGCGAGAGGUACUGAUGGAAAGGGCAAGUCAUUGAUGUUCUUAACUCCUUCUGAGUUGGGAUUCUUGAGGUACUUAAAAGCAGCCAACGUACCUUUAAACGAAUACGAGUUCCCGGCAAAUAAAAUUGCAAAUGUUCAAUCGCAAUUGACUAAACUCAUAAAGACAAACUACUUACUACACCAAUCGGCAAAGGAUGGAUAUAGAGCUUAUUUGCAGGCAUACGCUUCGCAUAGCUUGAAGACGGUUUACCAAAUCGAUAAACUAGAUUUGGUCAAAGUAGGGAAAUCGUUUGGUUUCGAUAUUCCUCCAAAGGUCAAUAUCACGAUUGGUGCAAGCGGCAAGUCCAUAGAAAAGAAACAUAAAAAACAGAAAAGGGACAAGAAAUAG